UCGUUUCCUUGUUCUUAUAUCCUUUGAUUUUUUUGAUUUCUUUCUUAUCUUAAUUAUUUCAUAAUUUUUGUCCAUGGAGUCUGCAUCUUCUUGGCUUCAUCAGUCUUUUCAUGACUCCUGGAUUAUCGUCCUGUUUUUGCCUCUAAUCAUCAUCAGCGUCUUGCACGUUCUCCACUUGUUGAGAUUGAGGGUUUGGUGUACCUGCGACAUCUGCCAAUCAUACAUUGAAUCCCGGUGGGCUGUCCAGUUCCCUAAUCUUUGUGAUUGGUACGCUCACCUUCUUCGAAAUUCCCCCACUCGGACCAUCCAUAUCCACGUUCUUAACAACACCAUCACAGCCAAUCCCGACAACGUUGAGUACAUGCUGAAAACCAGGUUCGAUAAUUUCCCGAAAGGGAAGCCCUUUUCCGCAAUCUUGGGUGAUUUCUUGGGCCGGGGAAUAUUCAACGUUGAUGGUGAUUCCUGGAGAUUUCAGCGGAAAAUGGCUAGUCUUGAACUGGGUCGGGUCUCAAUCGGGGCUUUUGCAUUUGAAGUCGUCCAUCAAGAAAUCGAUCGCAGGUUAAUACCCCUGAUGGAAUCGGUUUCCGGGGGGGAAGAAGUUCUGGAUUUACAAGAUGUUUUUCGACGAUUUUCCUUCGACUGUAUUUGUAGAUUUUCAUUCGGGCUGGACCCCAAGUGUUUGGAACUGUCGCUGCCCCUAUCUGAAUUUGCAGUCUCAUUCGAUUUAGCGUCGAAGCUUUCGGCUGAGAGAGCCAUGACGGCUUCCCCACUCGUUUGGAAGAUCAAAAGACUGUUGAACAUCGGCAGCGAGAGAAAAAUCCGGCGGGCCAUCAAGAUUAUCAACGUGUUAGCUCAUGAGGUCAUCAGGCAACGGCGAAAGUUCGGGUUUUCCGAUCAGAAAGACCUUCUGUCGAGAUUCAUGAGCAGUAUCAGUGACGAUAAGUAUCUCAGAGACAUAGUCAUAAGCUUCCUCCUGGCGGGCCGUGACACGGUGGCUUCCGCCCUGACAACUUUUUUCUGGCUGGUGUCGCGCCACCCGGAAGUGGAGGCCGCCAUAUUACACCGGCUCACCAGCCAUGAACAAAUGCGGGAGCUCCACUACUUGCAUGCAUCAGUCUACGAGAGCAUGAGACUGUAUCCACCGAUCCAGUUCGAUUCAAAAUUUUGCUCGGAGGACGAUGUUUUGCCCGACGGGAGUUUUGUGAAGAGGGGCACUAGAGUUACUUAUCACCCCUACGCAAUGGGAAGAAUGGAAGAGAUUUGGGGACCAGAUUGCUCCGAGUUCAGGCCCGAAAGAUGGCUGAGAGAUGGCGUUUUCUGGCCCGAAAACCCUUUCAAAUACCCGGUAUUCCAGGCUGGGAUUAGGGUCUGUUUGGGGAAAGAGAUGGCGCUAGUGGAGCUGAAAAGUGUAGCAAUCACACUGUUGAGACGAUAUCGUCUCGAAUUAGCCCAUCCCCAGCCCACUCCUCGCUUCUCACCCGGGCUGACCGCAACCUAUGGCGACGGCUUACGGGCCCGGAUUCAUCCUCGACAAGUAAUUGCAUCAUCGUAUCAAUUGGCAGAACAGGAAAAAUGAUUAUAUAUUAUACGGGCGGGGCUAUCUAAUCCUGGCAUAUCUAUAUGUAUGUUCUUUUUACGGACGUGGAGGUCCUGUUGGGCUGCAUAUUGUAUGUGCAGAUAUAGAUAGAACACCAUAAUAUGAUGGAUGUUGAACUAUGAAUGACUUUGACAAUUAUAAUGGAAAUUAAUGUUAUUACAUA